GAAUGAACAGAACGCCGCCAUCGUCGAUCAGCUCAAAUGUAUCAACAAUCCCACUCGUCCGGCUACUAAUCAUGUACACUGGUCAAACGACAUAGAAAACUCUGGCUUCACUGUCACCGACAUGACCACCCUUGCCGAUGGCAUAGUACCUUUAAAUACGUAUGGCAAGGAACUACGUCUCAAAGCGAAAUACACUCGUUCCCUUCACCAUCUUCGUCGCGCACAACGUCAAAACAAAGCGGACAAAGCUUUUCGCCGGGCUGCUGUACCGCACGCUUGCUCUAGCGCCAACAAAGCCCUCAAAUUGCUUGCUAAUCAGCCCCCACAACUCGCGCUCGAGCCGGAGCCUCCCGGCGAUAUACCCUUCCAAAUUAACACGACAUCACCUCCAUCGCCACGACCUCCACACACACACCGUCCACAUGAUGGCACUAUCGACGAACUCUACAGAAUAUGCGCAGCAAUACACAUUAACCUACUUACCCCUCAGUCCAUCAAAGCGGCUCUUCGUGGCAAUGAUGCUGCUCUGUGGCGCGAAGCCAUCGAACGCGAGUUACACAGUCUACAAAAGUCCGGCACCUACGACUUGCUUACACCGGAA